AUGCCGCCGCACGCGCCCGAACUCCCGCCAUACCGACCACAGCUCCUAUGCAAUGUCUCGACACACUCCAAGUUCUCGGUCCCCUCCAUCUCGCACUCGAAUGAGGCAGACGACGAGCAGAGCCUGUCCGACCAGACCAUCGACAUGGAAUCCAACACGUCGCAGCCCCACUACGACGGCGAGGACACGAGGUUGACCAGUGACAAAGAGCUUCGAGGCUUCUACAUGUAUGGAUGGGCUGCCGAGGUCUUUGUAGUCUGUGGCAUCGGGUCCUUCAUACCAGUGACCCUCGAGCAGCUCGCGCGUGAAAAUGGCGUCCUCCUCUCCGACCCCUCUACACCUUGCAAAGCCUCACGGCCAACCAUCCACCCUCCCCCAUCCUUCUCCACAGCCUCCCUCGAGGCCCUCUUCAAGCCCAAUCCAGAAAAGGGACAGUGUGUCGUCCACAUACUCGGCAUCGAGAUCAACACCGCAAGCUUCGCCAUGUACACGUUUAGCAUAUCCGUCUUGAUCCAGGCUUUGUUGAUUAUCAGCAUGAGCGGCGCAGCAGACCACGGCAGGUUUAGGAAAACACUGCUGCUAUGGUUCGCAUUCAUAGGGAGCAUAGCAACCAUGCUGUUCCUGCCUGUUGUGCCGAAAGUAUACAUCCUGGGUGCUGUACUGGCCAUUAUUGCGAAUACAUGCUUUGGCGCAAGUUUCGUGCUGCUAAACAGUUUCCUACCGCUGCUGGUCCGAUUCCACCCUACCGUCAAGUACGCCGGCUCAAGUUCAGGGAACUCGUACCUAGAUGAGGAGGAAGACGAUGUGGGAAGAGAAGGAGAAACGCACGAGGAACAACUUGCAAGAGAAGCACACUACGCAAACCAGCUUGCCCAUCGCGAAACCGUCCUCGAUGAAGUCGCAGACGCAACGACUGCACUCUUACCACGCAGCCCCUCGGCUGCCGACCUGACGAUUCCACGAGCAAAGAGCCGAGCGGCGCCAUCCCAGGAGCUCGCCCUCUCCACCAAGAUCUCCUCAUACGGAAUUGCGAUUGGAUACAUCGCCGCGCUGCUCGUCCAAACACUUGGAAUCUUUGUCGUCAUCGCAUUCCAGUCCUCCAACUUUGGUCUUCGACUAGUGCUGUUCAUCAUAGGCGCAUGGUGGUUCAUCUUCACUUUGCCAACAGCACGAUGGCUCCGCCCACGUCCAGGGCCACCAUUGCACAUCGGCGCACAUGCAUCGAAUUUCCGUACUUUGCUUGCCUACUUUACCUAUUCGUGGAAGUCGCUGGGCAGGACAGCUACACACGCCCGACAUCUCAAGGACGUGUUGCUCUUCCUCGCUGCCUGGUUCUUGCUGUCAGACAGCAUAGCUACGGUGAGCGGGACGGCUGUCCUGUUUGCAAAGACUACCUUGGGCAUGUCCUACGCCAUGCUUGCGCUCAUUAAUGUAAUAGCAACCGUCUGCGGCGUUCUCGGCGCCUUCCUCUGGUCGCGCCUGUCCCUCUACCUGCGCCUCUCCCCGACGCAGACCAUCCUCUCAUGCAUCUUGCUCUUUGAAGUAAUCCCCAUCUACGGCUUACUCGGUUAUGUCCCUGCGGUCCAGCGUCUUGGAUACCUGGGCCUGCAGCAACAAUGGGAGAUGUAUCCACUCGGUGCUGUCUAUGGCUUCGUGCUCGGCGGUUUGAGCAGUUACUGUAGGGCGCUGUUUGGCGAGCUGAUCCCGCCGGGCUACGAAGCAGCUUUCUACGCACUAUACGCCAUCACAGACAAAGGAAGCAGUAUAUUUGGUCCCGCCAUUGUUGGCGCUAUCACCGAUGCGUAUGGCGAGAUUAGACCUGCAAGUGCUCCCAUCUGGAACCUUAUUCACGCUAAACUAUAA